UUCAGGAUAAUGGGUGGUUACACACCGGCGGGGUCCUGGUGCUGCAACAGUCCGACUUCUUUGGGUGCUGCAACAGUCCGACUACUUUAUGGGUCUGGCCAGUAUUGAUCUAAACAUAAACUGAGCUCGGUUCACAGUCAGGCUGAACCCGAACCGGUGCCAGGCAAAACCCCGACGAAGCCUUGGUCAGGCGAGACCAAGCUUUAUCCAAACCAAACAAGCGGGAGCUAGGCCUGCAUCUCAGUGUGACUCUCGGGACGGGACCAGUGCAAGAGCCUCUCUGACUCUCGGACGCAGGCAAGAUGAGCAAGGAAGGUGGAAAACCAUCUUCUCCUGGAGAUUUAUUACUUUGAAGUGAUCCUAGGGCUUCUUCGACCUCUUACAAUGAUUGAUCAAUGUUGCAGCAGUUUCCUGUUCUGUAUCGCCGGAGGUGAAAUGUACCUGAGCCUGUGGUACUUUGGCAGAAGUGGGCCUUGAUUCUGUUCCAACUUGCAUUGCCUUCACGGUAGAUUUCGAAAGAGAAAGCAUGACAACAUGCAGCCUCGAAAUCAAAAAGAGGAAGGACAGAGUAAAGUAAACCCAUUGUCACCAGUGCUGUUAUCUUUUGAGUCUUUUCAAAAAGAACUUGAUGCAAAGCAUGAUAAACAUGAGAGGCUGGUUAAACUCAGUCGGGAUGUUACCAUUGACAGCAAACGCACUAUUUUUCUUCUUCACAGGGUAAUCAGUGUUGGUGAUGUUGGUGAAUUACUGAGUGAAUCUGAGUUAAAGUUCGCUGAUAUUAGAUUAAAGAUCCAGCAGAUUGCUCAAGAACUGAUUGGUGAAGAUGUGUGCCAAUUUCAUCGAGCAUUUUCUCCAGGUUUACAGGAGUACGUGGAAGCUGUUUCAUUUCAACAUUUCAUAAAGACUCGAACUCUGAUUAGCCUUGAUGAGAUUAAUAAGCAAUUAAUCUUCACUCCAAAGGCAGAGGAAGCGGAGCAUACUGAGGACUCAACCCUGCCUUGUUCUCAAGAUCAAAAACAAGAACAGCAACCUCUUUCUCUGCAAGUGACUCCCACAGACUACCUCUUGGGUAUUGCAGAUCUGACUGGAGAAUUGAUGCGCUUGUGUAUCACCAGUGUAGGAAAUGGAGAUAUUGAAACACCCUUUGAAGUAAGCCAGUUUCUACGUGCUAUCUAUGAUGGGUUUACUUACAUAGGCAAUACUGGACCAUAUGAAGUUUCCAAGAAGCUUUACACUUUGAAACAAAGUCUAGGGAAAGUGGAAGAUGCCUGUUACAUGCUGACUGUGAGGGGCUCUGAAAUUCCAAAACAUGUGCUUGCUGAUGUUCUGAGUUCUAAAUCAUCCAUGAUUGAACAUGUGGAAGGUGUAUAGUUAAUGAAAUAUUUCAUGAAACUGCUUCGGUUUUUUGAUAUAUGCAGAUUAGUUAAUUAGCUUGAUAUAACACAAAUAUAGUGAUAUGAAUUUGUUUCACAUGAAUUGCAACCACUAUUAUGAAACAUGUUUUUACUUCAAAAUGUAUUUGGUUGUAAUCUGUGCACAGGAACUGGGGAUUUUUUUUUUAUUCCUACAGAUUUCAAAAAACAGAAUUUUUAUUCCGUUAAAGGCUGCACAUUUGAUAUGUAUUUUCAGUUAAAAAAAAAUCUAUGAAUAUGACAGAACAACAUUGUUUUUUUAAAUGGUGAUGGCUAUCCAUCAUAUCUGACAAUGACAUUAAACCUAAUUAUUUAAAUAGAUCAUUGAUUAAUAACCCAACUUAAUAAAGUUUCACCACAAUAUCCUGGCUACCUUAUUGAAUGCUUUCAUUUUAAAUGCUACACCCUUUAAUGUUUUUGAGGUGUCAAGUUUUGUUCAUAACUCAAAAUUCCAUCUGACUGCUGAAGAUUAAUUUCUGUUGAAUGGGCUUCCAAUGUUUAUGCCAAUAGAACAUAUUCUUUGCAUUUCUUUUUGCAUUAUUUUGAUCAGAUAGCUACAAAAUGUACUCUUGAUAUAAAACUAAACUAUGGUUAUUUUUACUUCUGGGUUUGAACCUCUUUCUGUAUAAAAGAUGGAUUUACCUUGGUUUGUCAUUGUAAAUAUGUAACAGCUUAAUUUACAAUAUUUUUUGCAGGAAACUGUUCUUCCACACUUAUUUACCCAAAAAUAAAUUCAUUUGACUACUCUAAAAUAGAAGACUCCUGAGUUU